AUGCUUGGGUUAAGUCAACGAGCAAUUCUUGCAGCAACGAAUAAUGAUGUCCACGCACUGAAUUUCACCAUUCAAUCAAAAAUUGCUGGCGAUUUGGUGACAUACAAAUCCGUUGAUUCAAUAACAAAUCCCGAUGAUGUAGUAAAUUAUCCAACGGAGUUUUUGAACUCUCUGGAGAUACCAGGAUUUCCACCACAUAACUUGCAACUGAAAGUUGGUACAGUUAUUUUGAUACUGCGUAAUUUGAAUCCACCGCGACUUUGCAACGGUACUCGACUUUCGGUAAAGAGACUUAUGCCGAAUUUAAUUGAGGCAACCAUUAUUAACGGAAAGUACGCAGGUGAAAAUGUAUGUAUUCCUCGAAUACCAAUGAUUCCGACUGAUCUUCCGUUUGACUUCAAACGAUUGCAAUUCCCAGUUCGCCUUGCGUUCGCAAUGACAAUUAAUAAGUCGCAAGGCCAAUCGCUUAGUGUUUGCGGGAUAAAUUUGGAAAAUCAUUGUUUUUCACAUGGACAGUUAUACGUUGCGUGUUCACGAGUUGGGAAACCAUCCGCUUUGUUUGUGUUAACGACAGACAAAAAAACAAUAAAUGUGGUUUACCAAAGAGCACUACAAUGA